AUGGAGUUUGCCUCCGGCAUCACUGACAACGUCUUGGGAAGGCUAGCCUCAUAUGCUGCCCAAGAAAUUUGCUUGGCAUGGGGCGCCCAACUUGAGCUAAAGAAGCUCAAUAACACCUUGUUAGCCAUCAAAGUUGUGCUCCACGAUGCAGAGAAGAAGCAGAUGCAGUAUUCCCUCAUCAUUCAUUGGUUAGGAAACCUCAAAGAUAUCUGCAACGAUGUUGAGGAUGUACUAGACGAACUUGAGUUUCAAAAGCUACGACAAGUGCUCAUCGACGAGCAGCGCAGCGUCAAAGGAAAGGUACACCAGUUCUUCUCUCGUUGGAAUCCAAUUGUUUUUAACUUCAAAAUGGGUCAUAAGAUCAAAGAGAUUAGAGAAAGACUAGUUGAGAUUGAUGACGAGAAGACAAAGUUUUCUCUCGUUCAAAUUGCUGCACCAAGUGAAGAGUAUCGUGUGCCCCAAAGGGUGCAUGAUAAUGUAAGGGAGACUGACUCUUUACCGGAGGUGUAUGUUGUUGGGAGAGAUGAGGACAAAAAAAGAUUAUUACUCAUCUCUUGA